CGAAUGUGCGAUGUGUGCGCCUAUGUGCGUGUGCCUGGCGGCGAGAGUGUUUGUUGUUUCAAAGUGUACUUGCGUCCUUCUCCUUGUAGAAACCGUUGUGCCACGAGCACGUGCAGAAGUCAAUUGUGAAAUAUCCAAUGUCUAAAGUGAUUAUUAUAAUCAAUAUUGUGAAUAGAUUAUUUAAACGAACCUCCUACAGAACCCGCCUCGUUUAAAUCCAUAGUAACAAACAAACAUUUGAAGUGAAAUAAUAUAAUCUCGAACACAUAAUAUAUAUACAUAUAAAUAAAAACUAAUUCAUUUCUACAUUUUCUAUCUUGUGCAGUUUUUCGCGAACUUUUGGACUAGUUUUGGUACACGGGAUCAUUGAUAUCGUAGGAACUUCGACGCAAAGUAACCGACUUUUCGUUUCAUAAAAAGUGGAAGGAAUGGAGAGCGCCCGAAAGAAGCUCAAAAUAAUGUUGAAGGGAGAAGAUGAAUCUGAUGAAGAUGUUGAAAAAGAACCUAUAAGAGAUAAGAGAACCGCAGUUCAUCCCAGUGUAUUUUCAACCAAGAUGCCGUCCACCAGCAGCAUGGAAUGUGAAGAUGACAAUACACUUAACGUUCGUGCACAGAGCCUGAUGACUGAUGUCGAAUUUGGAAACAAUGGUGGCAUGAAAGCUUCGCAUUCGGCUGCUACCUCUGAUAACAUGGAGGCCGAGAUGGUGAAAGUCUUGUUCGCGGCUACUACUACUGGUAACUUCCAACUGGUUAAAAUUCUGAUAAAUGAAAGAUCGAUGGAUUUUAAUGCUAAAAAUAGAGACGGCAUGUCAGUUGCGCAUGUGGCUGCUGAAAAUCGUCGCUUGGACAUACUCAAAUUUCUGUUGGAUGAAAAACAGGUCGAUUUAAAUGUCACAGACAGAUUUCGCAAUACAGUUUUGCAUGUAGCUGCUUACACCGGUCAUUUGGACUCGGUUAGGUAUCUGAUAGAUGAAAAGAAGUGCGAUUUUAAUGCUAAAGACGUAUUUGGCAAAACAGUUUUGCACAUGUCUGCUGUCGCUGGUAGUUUGGAGACGAUUAAAUAUCUGAUCGAUGAAAAAGCGGUCGAUUUUAAUGCUAAAGACAAUGAUGACAGGACAGUCUUGCACUGGGCUGCUACCUCUGGUAACUUCGAGAUGAUUAAAUAUCUGAUAAAUGAAAAACAGGUCGAUUUUAAUGCUCAAGACAUGUUCGGCAAUACAGUUUUGCACGAAGCUGCGAAAUGGGGACAUUCGAAGAUGGUUAAAUAUCUGAUAAAUGAAAAAGACCUCGAUUUUAAUCUUAGAGACAAGAGUGGCAGGACAGUUUUGCAUUCGGCUGUUAAAUCUGGUCGGUUGAACAUGGUCAAAUUUCUGAUCAAUGAGAAAGGGGCCGAUUUUCGCGUCAGAGACAAUGAUAAUAGGACAAUUUUGCACUGCGCCUCCAUCUCCGAUAACUUGGAGUUGGUUAAAUUUCUGAUCAAGGAAAAAGGGCUCGACACGAAUGUUCAAGACAUAUUUGGCACAUCAAUUUUGCACGGGGCUGCUCACAACGGUAACUUGGAGAUGGUCAAGUUUUUGUUGAACGAAACAAGGGCCGAUGUUAAUGUUAAAGACCUGCAAGGCACGUCAGUUUUGCACAGUGCUGCCGGCUGUAAUAACUUGGAGCUGCUGAAAUAUCUGGUAAACCAGAAAGAGGUCGAUAUCGAUGUCAGAGACCACGAGGAGGGCAUGACAAUUUUGCAUACAGCUGCUGUAAGUGGUAACAUAAGCGUGGUGAAAUUUCUGAUAGAUGAGGUAAGGGUCGAUUUGAAUGUUCCGAGCUAUUACGGCAGAACAAUUUUGCACUGGGCUGUGAUGUCUGGUCACGUGGAGCUGGUUAAAUUUCUGGUGAAUGAGAAACAGAUCAGUGUUAACACUAUGGACUACGAAGGCACAACAGUUUUACAUAUGGCUGUUAAAUCCGGCUACGUGCCAAUGGUGGAAUUUCUGGUGAAUCAUAAACAGUUUGAUUCCAACACUCGUGGCAAAUAUGGCAUGACAAUUUCGCACGCGGCCGCUGUCUCCGGUAGCGUGGAGAUGGUUAAAUAUCUAAGAAAUGUAAAAGGGGUCAAUUUCAAUGCUAUAGCCGAUGACGGCGGAACGGUUGUGCACUGGGCUGCCCAUUCUGGAAACUUGGAAAUGGUUAAAUAUCUGUUGGACGAGAAACUGAUCGAUCUUGACGCCGAAAGGGAUCAUGGCACAAGUAUUUUGUACGGGGCUGCUACCUCUGGCAACUUGGAGCUGGUUAAAUAUCUGGUAAAGGAAAAAAGGCUCGGAUGCAAUGAUAAAGACGAUGCUAGCAAAACAAUGUUGCACUGGGCUGUUCACUCUAGAAAUAUUAAUUUGGUUAAAUUUCUGAUAAAUGAAAAAGAUAUCGAUCUUGGUAUUAGGGACCAUUUUGGCCAGACAGUUUUGCACGUGGCUGUUAAUAUUCAAGACUAUCAGAUGCUUAGAUUCCUGAUAAAUGAAAGAGGGGCCGAUCUUACUGCUAAAGACAAUGAGGGCUCGACAAUUUUGCAUACGGUUGCUAAAUUUCGUCGCUUAGACAUGAUUCAAUUUCUGGUGGAGGAAUUAGGGGCCGAUGUUAAUGCUAUAGACAAUCUCGGCAGAACAGUUUUGCAUAUAGCUGCUAAAUCUGGCAACAUAGACGCGGUUAAAUAUCUGGUGGAUGAAAGAGGGAUGGAUUUCGAUGCGCAAGACAGGUUUGGCAAGCCAGUCGUUCACAUGGCAGCCAUGUCUGGUAAUUUGGAGAUCGUUAAAUUUCUGAUAAACGAAAAGGGGGCCGAGUUUGAAACUGCGGACAUGGACGGAAAGAUAAUUUUACACUGGGCUACUAGCUCUGGUAACUUGGAGAUGGUUAAAUAUCUGAUAAAUGAGAAACAGAUCGAACCUAAUGUUAAAGACAAUUAUGACAUGUCAGUUAUGCACGGGGCUGGUAUCUCUGGUAACGCGGAGAUGAUUAAAUUUCUGGUGGAUGAAAGAGGCGGCGAUGUUGAAGUCAUGGACUGUUAUGGUACCACGGUUUUGCACGUGGCUGCUCUAUGCGGUGACUUGGAGACGGUUAGAUUUCUGGUGGAUGACAGAUUCGUCGAGUUUGAUAAUCAAGGCAAAUUUGGCAUGACAGUUUUGCACAUGGCUGUUGCCUCCGGUAACUUGAGCUUGGUUAAAUAUCUGGUGAAUGAUACAAUGAUCGAUUUUGAUUCUCAAGACGAUGAGGGCCAGACGGUUUUGCAUACGGCUGCUACGUGUGGUCACUUGGACAGUCUUAGAUUUCUGAUGGGCGAAGAUGUAGAUUUUAAUGUUAAAGACCACUAUGGCAGAACAGUUUUGCACAUGGCUGCUAGAAUAGAUAACCUAGAGAUGAUUAAAUUUCUGAUCAAUGAGAAAGGGUUCGAUUUUGAAGCUAGAGACAACGAUGGCAGAACAGUUUUACAUACGGCUGCUAAGGCCGGACACUUCGAAAUGGUUAGGUUUCUGGUGGACGAUAAGCAGGCCAAUUUUAAUGCUAGAGACAAUGGGGGUAGAUCAAUUUUGCAUUUGGCUGUUAAAGCUGGCCACAUUGGUAUUGUUAAGUAUCUAGUGGAAGAGAAAAACGCCUAUUUUAAUCCUCAAGACGAUGAUGACACCUCACUUUUGAAAUGGUGUCCUAUAUUUGGUGUGACUUGGGUAAUUGAAUACCUGACAAAUCGUAGAACUGUCGGUCAUCAGGCGGAGCUUAGCUAGCCCAGAAAGUGUUUGUAAGCUGAGCGAUGGUUCCAGUUCUAUUUCACAGUCUCGUUAGGAGCGAGCCACAUGGUAUUGUGUCAGAUGCAGGAAGAAUCGGAGAAGCAAAAUAUUUUGAAGGCGGGAUUGUGGCAUGAAAUUGACUCUCUAAGGCUGGUUUCAGACGAGCGAUUGGCGGCCAGUUGCCGUCGAAAAAAGCAAUCGACUGCAGGUUUGUGCUGCCGCGUUUUAGCAAUACAAUGAUUGAUAUGAAGUAAUUUACACGAGGCGGCAAUUCGGCAGUAAUUCGGCGGCAAAGUCGCGGUUUAUCGAAAUAAGGGCGCAAUAGACAAACGCAGACGAGCGGUUUGCGGCAAUCUGACGCCGCGUUUUAGCGGACCAUAGAUUUUUUUGAUGUACUUCACACGCAACGCAAA